UCAAGCGAGAUCGAGUUCACGCCAACUGGAGUACGGCAGUUUGUGUCAGACCACGGAGCACGGAAGAUGCUCCCGGUUGUUUACGGAACGGGUGGACCACCCUCGUCGCGGCGACGACGUCGCGCCACGAUUUUUCUCGGUGUCGUGUCUUCCGCGCUUGGAAACACCAGGAACGUCGCGAGUUCUUCUUCGAUCAUCAGGCCGGCUUCCACUGCCACCAUCAUGACCACAGCUUUGGGCCUUUUAAUGAUCCUGCUGCCAGCAGCGUAUCCGGACAAGAUCUCCAUCGGUGCAAUCUUCGAGCAAGGCACCGACGAAGUUCAGUCAGCCUUCAAAUUUGCGAUGUUCAACCAUAACCAGAAUACCACGACUCGGAAGUUUGAGUUGCAAGCUUUCGUAGACGUAAUUAAUACCGCAGAUGCUUACAAACUGUCUCGUCUUAUCUGCAGUCAGUUUAGCAGAGGGGUGUUCUCCAUGCUGGGUGCCGUGAGUCCGGAUUCAUUCGACACCCUCCAUUCUUAUAGCAACACGUUUCAGAUGCCUUUCGUGACGCCCUGGUUUCCCGAGAAGGUUCUGACACCGUCCUCAGGUCUCUUGGAUUUCGCCAUAAGCAUGCGUCCGGAUUAUCAUCGCGCUAUCAUCGACACGGUGCGAUAUUACGGCUGGAAGAAAAUCAUCUACCUCUACGACUCCCACGAUGGACUGCUCAGGCUGCAGCAGAUCUACCAGGGCCUGAAACCAGGCAACGAAUCGUUUCAAGUAGAAACAGUGAAAAGAAUACAAAAUAUGUCCGAGGCGAUCGAUUUUCUGCGCAGUUUGGAAGAAUUGAAUAGAUGGAGUAACAAGUACGUGAUACUCGAUUGUCCUACGGACAUGGCGAAAGAUAUUGUGGUGAGCCACGUGAGGGAUGUUGCACUUGGGAAAAGAACGUACCAUUAUUUAUUAAGUGGAUUGAUAAUGGACGACCGAUGGGAGAGCGAAGUGAUCGAGUACGGCGCCAUCAACAUUACCGGGUUUCGAAUCGUGGAUGCUACGCGACCCUAUGUCAAAGAUUUCCUAGCUGGUUGGCAUCGUCUCGACCCAGCUACGUCUCAAGGAGCUGGCCGCGAAUCCAUUUCUGCGCAAGCUGCGCUGAUGUACGACGCCGUAUUCGUCCUCGUCGAGGCGUUCAACAAGUUUCUGAGAAAAAAGCCGGAUAGAAGCAACGUAAGGCGAACAGGGAUUCCUGGCGGCAGUCAAAUUACCAAUGGCACCAGGGCACUGGAUUGCAAUAACAGUCGGGGCUGGGUGACGCCAUUUGAAUAUGGCGAUAAAAUUUCCAAGAAUCUGAGAAAAGUGGAAAUCGAGGGACUAACUGGGGAGAUCCGCUUCAACGAUGACGGUCGCAGGCACAAUUACACCCUCCACGUCGUCGAGAUGACGGUCAACAGCGCCAUGGUCAAAGUAGCUGAAUGGACAGACGAGGCUGGAUUCCAGGCCAUCGCGGCGAAAUACAUUCGACUUCGACCGCAUACCGAAAUUGAGAAGAAUAAGACCUACAUUGUCACUACUAUUGUGGAGGAACCGUACAUAAUGAAGAAGAAAUCAGACACUGGGGAGAUAUUGACUGGCAAUGAUAGUUACGAGGGCUACUGCAAGGAUCUAGCUGACCUUAUAGCUAAGAAAUUGGGAAUAUCGUAUGAGUUACGAAUAGUUAAAGACGGUAAAUACGGAAUGGAAAAUCCAGACGUUCCCGGUGGUUGGGACGGCAUGGUCGGCGAGCUGAUUCGGAAAGAAGCAGACAUUGCCAUUGCUCCAAUGACAAUCACUUCUGAACGUGAACGAGUGAUCGAUUUUAGUAAACCUUUCAUGUCACUGGGUAUUAGUAUCAUGAUCAAGAAGCCCAUCAAACAGAAACCUGGUGUGUUCAGCUUCUUGAAUCCGCUGAGCAAAGAGAUCUGGGUCUGCGUUAUCUUCUCCUACAUCGGUGUAUCCAUCGUUCUUUUUACCGUGUCCAGAUUCUCCCCAUACGAAUGGAGAGUACUGACUCUAAGCACCAGUGGGGAUCCCACAAUGGGUACAAGGAACGAUCCCACGCUACAACAUCCACACGGAUCGCAAGGAUCUCCCCACAUUCCAACCUCGAGCAUGGCGAACGAUUUCAGUAUCAUCAACAGCCUUUGGUUCGCAUUAGCCGCCUUCAUGCAGCAAGGCUGUGACAUAUCACCCAGGUCGAUAUCAGGACGAAUCGUCGGCAGCGUCUGGUGGUUCUUUACCCUGAUCCUAAUCUCCUCCUACACUGCCAACUUAGCCGCGUUUCUAACCGUCGAGAGGAUGGUCGCGCCGAUUAACUCGCCGGAAGACCUGGCCUCGCAAACGGAAGUGCAAUACGGCACACUAUCUCACGGAUCUACUUGGGACUUUUUUCGAAAAUCGCAGAUUAAUCUCUACAGCAAAAUGUGGGAGUUCAUGAACUCACGGAAACACGUGUUUGUAAAAACGUACGACGAGGGUAUACGAAGAGUGAGGACCAGCAAAGGAAAAUACGCUCUCCUGAUCGAAAGUCCGAAGAACGAGUACAUAAACGAGAGGGAACCCUGCGAUACAAUGAAGGUCGGCAGAAAUCUGGAUGCCAAAGGCUUUGGAGUAGCAACGCCGUUGGGAUCUCCCCUCAAAGAUCCCAUAAAUUUGGCGGUGCUAUCGUUGAAAGAAAACGGAGAAUUGACGAAACUGGUGAAUCGAUGGUGGUACGACAGAACAGAAUGCAGACACGGGGACAAGCAAGAUGCUUCUAGAAACGAAUUAUCUCUCAGCAACGUGGCGGGAAUAUUCUACAUCCUCAUCGGUGGUCUGCUUUUAGCCCUGGCAGUCGCGCUGCUAGAAUUCUGUUACAAAUCACAUACGGAAGCUACCAGAGCAAAGAUCCCAUUGUCGGACGCGAUGAAGGCGAAAGCUCGAUUGACGAUCGGUGGUGGUCGAGAUUUCGACAAUGGCCGGUGGUACGGACUGCAGAGUUAGACGGAGGAUGCAUGCGCCUUUCCCGGGACCAUAUUACUACGCUCCGGCAAACGCGAUUGGCAAUACCGAGGGCGACCAGGUACACAGCAAUACGCAUACCCAGGUGUAAAUUACCCGGAGGAGAGCCCAGGCGAGUCGCCCGCCAUCUCCCUGCCCACGCCUCCACCGCCGCCGUUGAUGGCGGCCCUGCCUCCACCGCCGCCGCCGCCGCCCAGAAGACCGCCUCGAAGAAGCGUCACCUUCGCGGAAUCGCCGCCGAAGAGCCCGAAAAAGUCGAGGUUCUCGCCUUUCCUGCGUAGGCCGAGCAUCACGAUGCUAGACGUCGCGGUGCCCUGGACACCGGCUUCGCCGCGCGUCUGGGCUGGUCGUCUCGGCGACUACAAACCCGAAUACAUCACGUAAAAACGAAAACAAGGAAAUAAAUCACAGCACGAGCAUAGAAGCUCUCCUGUCCUGUGGGCUGGUCAUAGAUCGUUAAAAUUUCGAUCGUCCGACAGCCUGGCACAAAGAUCCAAAGAUCCAAUAAUCCCGAGCAACGCGUUUGCCGCAAAUCGAAUAUCCGCGACGCUCGAUUUCUCGAGCGCUUCCCUCGAUCGUUGUUAGUUCCGUGUUCCAAAGAAGCUCGAAGGAGUUGGAAUUUCGAGCGUCGAUCACGAGAACGAUUCGUCUGUUUGUUCAAGUUCCUCGAAUCGUACUGCCACACACACACACACACACACACACACACACACACAUAUACACACACAUGAUUUGAGAUCGUCGAUGACGUGUACCGAGUCCUUUCGGAAUGAUUCGUUCUUGCGAACAGGAACUAAACGAGUCCGAGGAAUCGCUCGAGAGGAACGCAGAGGAGCCGUGUGUCACGACUGAUCGACGAAGAUUCUUGGUAUCCAUAUUUGUUUCUGUUAGACGAGACGAAUGAUGGUUUUGCGACAGGAAUCUUCGUGGACAGCCGUGUUUGUACAUUGUAUAUAUUACGUUGUAAUCGAAUCGAACGAGACGAAUCAAAUGGUGUAGAGAAAACAAGAGAAGGACAACGCGUACGACCGGCUACCGGCGACGAGAACAGGUCGCGAAAUUCGAUAGUAGAAUUCGAUGGUCCUGGGAUGGGUGCAUGUGCAACCAGCAACUCGAACUAACACAUUCAACUGCCAUUUCCGUGAGAGAGCCCUGUAUACACGCGAGACACGAACGCGUGCACGUACGUAUAUGUAUACAUUAUAUUUCGCGAGGGAAGAUACGCGGGUCGACCGAGAGAACGAAAGAACUUAAGCUGGAGAAACGAUGAAACGCGUGAGAGGAGAAUUCUGAAAGAGGUGACUGCGGAUGAGAUUCUGGCAGAAUAAAAAGGAAGAAAGAAACUGAAGAAGUUUUAGAGAACUGUGUGGAAAAAGAGAAUACAGGUCGACCGCGACGUAACACUACUAUUAUUAUUAUCAUUAUUCUGAUUACUAUUAUCGCGACAGCUAAGUUUUUAUUACGGAUUACGGUUCGUUACAGAUCGUUGUACAUCGGUGCAAACUAUUUUGUGGAUCUCGCGAGAAUGGAUAAUUCGUUGCGUAAAGAAAUAAAGAAAGAAAAGAAAUAAAAAAAAAAGAGAAGAGAGGAAGAAGAGAAAAAGAAACAACACUGGAGCCGCGAUGCGUUUUUUAACUGACGAGAACGGUGUAUAAUCACAUCGAUGCGUGGGUACUGCGUGUGUGAUAAAUAAUAUAUAUAUAAAUAUAAAUAUAUAUAUAUAUAUAUACAAAUAUAAAUAUAAAUAUACAUACGUAUAGACGUUUAUCGAGAGAUGUGAGAUGAAAGCGUAGGAGAAAAUGUGUCAGAGAAUGCGUGAUGAAAGCGUAUGUGAAGAACAUAGGAUUAAACGAUAAUCGUGUAAACGCAUUAUUAAGUACCUAUCACUGCCAGUUCGCGCCGAUCCGAGCCGAGAGAGGACGAAGGACAAUUUUUCUUUUGUCGAUGGACACAGACUUUUUACACGCUGCCGUUUUCAGGCCCCGUUUUCACGCCGCAAAACGAACAGGUUUCCUUGCGUUGUCGGAUCGCCGUGAUCUGGCUCGAAGAACGACGUUUACGGCCAAGGUUUUUCGUGCCAAAAGACGAUAUCUCUCCCGAUAACGAUAACGUCCAGUGCUACGCUGUUACGAAAGAAGAGGCUGGGGUAGAAGAAGACCUCUGACGCAAGGUAUAAAACAAACUUGAAAUAUACACAUAUAUCGUUGGUCAAGAGGAGAACACGAGAGGAGAAUAGAAUACAUAAAAAGAACGAUGCUCUAUUAGUGAAAAUGUUUGAAUCGUUUGGAUAUUAUUUCUUAGAAAUAUUCAUCGAAAACGAAUUUUCUAUUUCUACAAACACGCGUGCUUCUUUUAAAUCGAAUAAACAGUUUUUGUAAUUGGAAGCAAUUUUCAAGCAAUUUACUAUGUAAAACACUGUGUUCGAGAGUUUUCUUUCGUUGAUACUCUUUUAUAUUAAUACGAUAAAUUCCACGAUUCUAAAGGUGUAUCAAGAGCGACAAAGCAAAAACGCGCAUGUACAUAUUUUUUUAAAGGUGAUAUAGAUACCCUUUUAAAAUUAUGGAUAUUCCUUUUUUCGAAGCGAAGAUUAACAAAAUCAAAAAACACUGCUUCCUCGAAAAAUAUUGCGACUAGCGAGAGAAUAAUACGUCAGUAGUAUAAAGUAAAAAUCAAAAGCUCGAGGAUGUCCACGUUGAAACGUAAAGUGCAGGCCGCCUGCAGCGUUUUUAAACCGUUCUGAUCGAUCGAAAUCAAAAUUAAAAAUCAGAAUCAAACUGUGUCAGACAAGCGUCGAUUGUUACUCGAGUGUCAUCGUAGCACUGAACUGAACAAAGGGAGAGAGGUCGCGGAGCAAAAUUGCAUGUUGCGACGUAUAAAACUAUUUUUCUGGAACGCACUCUAACUAUCCCGCCGAGAAACUUCGGUUCACAUUUAUUUACCGAAACAAACUGCCAUAAACCGACGAUUAUCGAAGAACGAAAGAAAAAAAGAAUACUCGUCAAUUGUUCGUGAACCUUGGUGACUCUUCGUUUCUUCCACCACGAAUUUUUUCUAUUUCACGAUUCCCCAUAGAUCCAUAAAAAAAAAAAAAAAAAGAAAAGGAAAGAGAAACGAGAAUCGAGCCGACAGUCGAGCAAGUUUUAUACGUGGCAGCGACGAGAUCGAUCUACCUAUCAUAUCGCCAGAUUUUCUUAUUACGACUAAUUGUUAUCUAUCAGCGGUUUAAAUAACGAUAGAUAAUGCGUAUAUCGGGUAUUAAGCCGUUUACGUAACGAUGGUAACACACGAUGAACACGGUGAUGCAUUUAUCGGAGCAUCAGAACGGUGCGGAAGAGAAACUCGAGUCAUCUUGAUCGAAGGCCGCACGUUCUCACGACUUUACCCAGCGUGAUCCAUUUGAUCAAUGUACAAUUUACAGGGCAGGCGUUAUAUACGUCUUUACAAAGAGGAUAAAGUUACGAACGAUUCGAGCGAAGUCAGAUAUUUAAAUGGGCGUUGGAAAUGGAAUGAAUGCGAAUCGUCGGAGUAACUUAUUCUUGAUAGUAGCAUGGCGCCAAAUUCAAAUAUAAACGCGACGGUAUUUUUGUUUCCUCCGUCGUUGUGGUCGUUAACGUUUUCAUGUUGAUGUUCGUCGGCACUUUUUCUAUCCCUCGACAAACUCACCGAUACGAAGCGGAACGAAAAUAAAAAUGAACAAUGUAACAGUCCCCGUAUACCGUCCCGGCGUCGUUUCGAGACAACUCACCUGUUUUCACCUGUUCUUCCUGUUCACCUUCUACGCUUUUCUUUUUUUGUGCGUGGAAUUAUCGAAAUGAAGAAGAAGAAGAAGAAGAUAAAGCUUGAAAAACUUUCAGGAUAUUCUACGACGGAUGGUUGUAAAUAUUGUUCUCCUCCGAAAACAUCAGCAACCUGAUUUUUCCAUCGUAUGAAGGAAUUUCUAAUUUUGUAAACAAUAAAAUGGAAGAGCAUUACCAAAAGAAAUGUCAUAGUGACUGACGUUUUUUCAAUGUUAUGUUUGACGAGAACAGUCAAAUACUUUGGAAGUAUUUGCGGAGAUUCAGUAGAAUAGGUCAACGCAUGAUCAGACAAGAUUUCUAUUUCUUUAUUCAUCCUUCCUUCUCUGUUUAUCUUUUUAUAUUUGAAAUAAUUCUUAUAGCAUCUUACGCUGAAUGACUGUAAAUGCUUCCUUAUUCGCGUAUAAUAAAUAUGAAAAUUUUUUUUUAAUUAAUUAGAUACAUAGAAAAAUUCGAUAUCGUUGAAAAGCGAUGAAAAUGAAUAUUUGGUGAAUAGUAUUUAUAAAAAUCCAGUAGAAUAUCCCAAUGUUCGAUCAGACGAUGCGUUACCAGCUGUAAAAGAAGGAAGCGCGCAAAGAGGCCGGAAAGAAUAAAAGCGAAACUCGAAACUCGUUCGAAAAAAGAGCAAUUACGUAGAAAAUAAUGUGGAAGCAGAUCACGCGACGAAAGUCGAACGAAUUUCAAAACGAAACAUGAGAACGAGCAAGCAAAAUUAUGAGGGAAAAAUAAAGAGAAAUAAGAAAUAAAAUAGCGUCUUCCAGUUUGCGCUUUCACCGAUCGCUGCAUAAGAAUUACGCUUGUACCUUCGAUUCGAGUAUCCUUCGUCAUCUCCCGUACCAUUCCGUGGCAUGAUACGAUCGAUUCCCUUGUAAACCGUUGUAUACCAAUCAAAUUUGUCACAAUACAGGAUCGUUUAUUUAAAUGUAA